GCUGUAGGUCGACAUCACGCAAUGGACUCCCACCCAGGGUAUCCCAGACACCCGAUAUUCAAGCUCCCCCUCGAGCUUCACUUGAUGAUUUUCGACUACAUAGACUUGUACACCAAAGCAUCACAGCUCGAAAACGGUCCGUUCCCACGAACCUGGAUCGUGAGAGCGAAAGACCUGGAGAACCAUAAUGGCGACGGGAAAACACUGCUUCACAUCGCUGCAAAGCGUAACUACAUGAAAGCAGCCCAAUUCCUCCUGUCCGCUGGCAUUUCGCCGUCCAGCAAGCCACCGAGGGCAGACCUGUCCUACCGCACUCCAAUCGCGAUGGCGGCUAAGCAUGGCCAUGUGGCAAUGGUUCAGAUGCUCCUCGAUAACGGAGCCAGCAGCAACGACCGCGAUAGCAAGAGAUACCCACUACACUACGCUAUCUUGGACGGCCAUAUACACGUCGUGCAACUUCUUCUCGACCACGGUGCAAAACAAAUCCGCGCCGAUUACGGGACGCCUGUGUUUCUCGCAGCCAUCUGUGGCCACGCCGAGAUAGUCGAUAUACUAGCUGCUCACGGCGCGGAUCUGACGCCCGCCAACAUGGUUAAUGACCCCCUCAACGUCGCGAUUAGCAGGUGCUAUGUCGAUACUGUCCGCGCGCUUCUCAAGGCGGGAGCCUCGGUCAUUAACGUGACCAUGGGGGAAUUCGGCCCUAUCCACCCCCCAGCGAUCGUGGUCGCUGCUGGAGGGCCCAACCUCAGACAUGCCUGGGACCUGGCCUCUGACGACGAGACUCAUCAUAAGCCACUGGGGUGGAAGUGGUAUCCGGGAGAAAAGGAAUCAUAUGCUGAAAUAGUCCACCUCCUCCUUCAGCAUGGAGCAGACCCUUCCGCGGAAUUCUUUUCAGUGCCCGCUCUGUAUCUGGCGACGCUGGUCGAAAAUGAACUGGCAGUGAAGCUCUUAUUGGAUGCCGGAGCACGUAUGGACCCGAUGAAAUGGUCGGGGAUGACUCCUGCUGAACUUGCUCGUGCCGGGGACAAUCCUCGUAUGACAGAGAUGAUUCUAGAAGCGGAGAGACGACAUUUCUAUCACAGGCCCUGGUCCAGUUGCAGUUUCAGUUUCGGCUCCCCUUCGAAUAGACCACACUGAGUGACCCGGUGAGGUGUAGUGUUGUUUGAGAGUUUGCAAUCUGGAUUCUGGAAUGAAAUUGGGAUCAUCAUGUAGCCAUUAUUCAAUCAUAUUAAGCCAUAGAUACC